CCAGAUCGUGCCCAUGGGCAUUGCCAGGUUGGCAGAUGUGAUUAAGGAGGAGGCUGCGGAGGCCGUGAGCUCAUUCCCUCUGCGACAGUAUCGAGACCGCGUCAUAGCCCUGGACGCAUCCAUUGCCAUUUACCAGUUCCGCACGGCCACGCCGAAGCUCUUCAACCGCAACGGGGAGAACAUCAGUCACUUGCAGGGGCUGUUUUACCGGACGCUGCAUCUCCUGGAAAAUGGCAUCAAACCGGUGUUUGUGUUUGACGGGCAGCCCCCUGACCUCAAACAGCCACUGCUGGCCAGGCGGGCGGAGGCUGCCGGGGCUAGGAGAGAUGCUGCAGAGUCCCGCCGGGCUGAAAACCUGCCGCGGCCCCUGAAGCAGGACUGCGAGACCCUGCUGAGCUACCUGGGUGUGCCAUAUGUGCAGGCUCCGGCUGAGGCAGAAGCCACCUGCGCAGCUCUGGUGAAGUCUGGCAAGGUUUGGUGCACAGCCACGGAGGACAUGGACGCGCUGCCUUUCGGGAGCCUCCGCCUGAUCCGCCACCUGAACUCCAAGAACAACUGUGAAGUAGAAGAGUUUUCCCUGCCUGACAUCCUGCAGAAGCUGGGCAUGACUCAGGAGCAGUUCGUGGACCUGUGCAUCCUGCUGGGCUGUGAUUACUGUGGGAAGAUCUGGCAGCUGGGCCCCAAAAAGGCCCUCAAGCUGCUGCAGCAACAUGGGACCAUCGAGCAGGUUCUCCAGAACAUCGACCCCCAGAAGCACCCGCUGCCCGCCAACUGGGACCUGGAGGGAGCUCGCAGGCUCUUCCUGCAGCCGGAGGUGGCUGACCCAGGCCGGAUAACGCUGGAGUGGCGUGACCCUGACCCAGAGGGGCUGGUGCGGUUCCUUGCCCACGAGAAGCACAUGAAUGAGGCACGGGUGUGCCGGCGGCUGCAGCGGUGGCAGGAGGCCCAGCCCAAGCCCGAGGAGGCCCAGCCCAAGCACCAAGCGACCCGAGAGGGCAGGAGGCAGCGGAAGCUGGGCGAGUUCUUCCCAGCCAGCAAACGCGCCCGUCCGCCGGAGGUGCCCGGUCCCCGGCCCAGCAGGAAGAGACAGAAACCGCAGGCGGGGAUGCCCGCAGAAGCAGGCAGCCCGGAGCCAGGGAUGUGAGACGCUGGCCUUGCUCCUGCUUCUGCCACAAUGCCCAUACUGCCGUCUGCUCUCCCCCAGGCCUUCUGCCAGCCAUGCCCAGUGGGCAGCCGGGGCAACGUGCCAGGAGCCCAGGGGCUGCACCUGAUGGGCGCGGACGGAACCAGAUCGCAGCUGCUCUCCACUUUAAUACCCAGGUGCAGGCCAGGCUCCAGCACGCAAUAUGGCCCAGACGAGGCACUGCAUGCUGGGAGCAGUAAUCUCUGCUGGCUGCCCACUGGCACUGUCCUUAGGAAAUUGUGUGUGUGUGUGUGUGUGUGUGAGAGAGAGAGAGAGACUGACUGGAUGGAUGGAUGGAUGAGGGGAAGGAACAGCUGACUGAACAGGUUGGUUCAGUAGCCCCAUCCUGAGAGCUCCAACAGAUCCUGCUGGUUGGGAGUGAGGGGCAUCGGCAGAGCCGCGGGGGAGCCCAGGGCUGGAAGAGGGGGCUGCGGGUUGGGAG